GGAAGUUCCAAGGGCAGCCCACGGGAGAACUUGGACCAUCCCUACCUGGGCCUAUCGACUACUCUAUGCUGACGACGAGACCAUGAGGAGAGUCCGAUUGAGGGGUCAAGUGAUAGAAAAAUUUCCGCUGGGAGAAGAAGGAGGUCACGAGCUAUUCACCCAGUGCUGGGAGUCGAGGGAAGACAUCGACUUCGAGUGGUGGGCCCGCGUCGGGGAGUUCAUCAAGCCCCUGUUCUCCGGGCAAGCUGGUGAUGUGGAUAGGGAUCUGAUUAGAAGGUGUGCGCAAGAGGGGAUUAGGGGUAUCUCGGACCUUGAGAUAGCAAAUCUUGCUUUGACCGCUAGCGAGGAGAAGAAUCUGCGGGAUUCUUGGUGGACGGUGACCAGCGAGGAAUCGGAGGGAGAAGGUGCUGACGAGGAUUCUAGUGAGGAGAAGGGGGGAUCGGAGGAAGAAAAGAGCUCGGGAACCGGCGGAAUUAAGAAGCACAAAACUGUGGCGGAGAAGGUAAAACCCGCCGCAGUCAGCCGGGAUAGAACGGGGGAGGCUACGAUAUCGGAAGAGGAGAGAGCCGAUAUCAUCCGGAAGAGGAAAGAGACGAAAGGGCAAAGGAUAACGGCCGAUAGACUAGCCAAAAUGGAUAUAGGAGAUGGGAACCUCACGGAGGAAGAAAAAGGGUUUAUAGCGAUGACCUUAAGGGGUUGCGAUAAGGUCAUUGCCUUUGAUGACUCGGAGAGGGGGAGAAUCGACCCAAGGUAUGCUGAGCCAGCCCGGAUCCACACGGUCCCACACGUGCCCUCGAAAGACAGGCCUCAGUGGAAGUACGCUCCAAAGGACAAAGAAGAGAUAGUGACCUUCAUCAAGGAAAAGAUCAGGACAUUCGUCGCUGAGCUUUGCGAGAGUGCCUACUCCAAUAAGUGGUUCUUUCUAAGGAAAGGGGGUAGCAACAAACUGAGAUGGAUCCAAAACCUCCAAAGGACCAAUGCGGUCACCAUAAGAGAUGUGGGGUCUAUACCUGAGGUCGACUUGCUAGCGGAAGGAUCGGCGGGUCGCUCAAUAUACUCUAUCUGCGACCUCUUCUCGGGGUAUGACGAGAUUCCCUUAGAUUACUGGGACAGGCACAUGACCGCCAUGCAUACACCCUUAGGGCUGGUUCAAAUGAUGGUGGUUCCGAUGGGUUGGACGAAUGGGGUAGCAGUAUUCCAGAGGGUCAUGAUCGCGGUCCUUAAGGAGUUCAUACCAGAGAAGGUAGAGGUCUUCCUGGAUGACUUCCCGAUAAAAGGGCCGGUCGAGAGGGAUGAGACCGAGGUUUUCCCGGGGGUUAGAAAGUUUGUGGCCGACCACAUGAAAGAUGUCAGAGACGUCCUUGAGAAAUUAGAUGAUGCCAACCUUACGGUAAGUGGAACUAAGAGUCGUUGGGCUGUAUCCUCCAUCAAGAUAUUAGGGUUCAUUUGCGAUAAGAAGGAGCAGAGACCCGAUCCCGAGAAAUUAGUGAAGUUGAUGACCUGGCCUUCGCCGCUCAGAUCCAUAACGGAGGUCCGGUAUUUCUAGGGGUAGUGGGCUACUUGAGAAUCUUCAUAAAAGCCUAUGGAGAGAAAGCAGAACCCCUUAGAAGA